GGCCUGCCGAGGAAUGUUGGGCUCCCGGCGCCCCGUAGUUUCCCCGGCAACCGGCAGGAAGCGUGGCCGCGCGUGGGGCUGCCCGCCGCCGGGUCACGGGUGGGCCGGGCCGGGCGACGAGGGAAUCGCGGAAAACGAGGAAUUGCUGCUGCUCCCUUUCUCUGCCUCAGCUGCGCUCCGGAGAGGGCUCACACAGCGGGGUAGUAAUGUUCUAAACAUGUCAUCAGGCACCCAGAUAAAAGCAAAGGCUGCAGCACGGAAAAGCAAGACCUCCUCUCCUUUGCCAUCUUCUCCAGAACCUGCGGUUAAGCCACAGCCAAAGCCCAGUGACAAGCUGAAUCCCAAAACUAUUGAUCCAUUUGCUGCUCCUUCUAGAACGCCUUCUGCGUUUGCUGCUACGUAUGCUAAAGGUGGCAUUCCAUGCAGGUUAAUGCAUGGAUCAGUAAAGCACAGACUGCACUGGGAGUGCCCUCUUGAAACAGUUUCUUUUGAUCCUCUUCUUGUAACUCUAGCAGAGGGUCUGAGAGAGACAAAGCAUCCCUAUACAUUUGUUUCAAAGGAGGGUUUUAAAGAAUUACUUCUGACUGAAGGUGCUGCUGAAAAAGCCAUUCCCUUGUUGCCUCGUCUAGUUCCUGUGUUAAAGGCUGCAUUGGCCCAUUCAGAUGAUGAAGUAUUUGAAAGGGGAUUAGAUGCUUUAGUUCAACUGAGUGCUGUUGUUGGCCCAUCUCUUAACGACCAUCUUAAGCAUCUGCUUACAAAUCUUUCAAGGAGAUUAAUGGACAAGAAAUUUAGAGAAAAAAUCACUGUUGCUUUACAAAAGUUGGAGCAAUAUGGUGGAAAGGCAACGGUGACUAUCAUCAAAUCUAAAAUUCCAACCUAUUGUUCUGUAUUCCCCUGAACAAAAAAUCCAUAGUGAUUUGUGAGUUCAAGUCUGAAGAUAAACUGCCUGUGAACAUCACUUUGUGGCACACGUGGAUGCUGUUCUGGUUCACCAGGACUUAGUGGAUUAGACACAGAAUUGUAAGAGCCCACCUAGACAUUCUGAGAGUCAGCUUUUGAAGGUAUGAAGAUGAACAUACCAUACACGUAGUGAACAGGGAACAAUCAGGGUCUGCCCAGCACAUUGUUGUCAGAAGCCGGAGCAGCAUCUGUCCAUUAUUGUAAUUGAGUUUGAUUGCAAAAUGUCGUUCAGCGGGUCUUGUUAAAUAAUAUUUGAUUAUGCGAAAACGAUUUCAGAAUAUUAAGAAGAUUAUUGCUGGCUGACUAAAUUAAAUUUAAUUCAGAACAGUUCUAAGUCAAUAUAUAUGUAUUUAAGCUUUUUAAAAUAAGUAAGCUUUGUUGGCAGAAAUCUUUUAUCUGAAGAAAUAACUAUUUCUUUAACAACACAAAAAAAAAUGCUCAUGCUGUUUGUUUUUCUUUGUUUACUUUAUUUCUUAUAUUAUUUUUUUACAAAAUGUGCACACUUAGUUUACACAAACACUCUACAGCAAAUUUCAGGUGUACAUGUAUUGUACUACUCUUAUCCUACACUGGUGAUAGCAGAGCAGCCUCAGCAUGCCUCUAACAUCCCACCUCUACACCAGAAUAGAUACCUGAUUUUUUUCUUGCAAAAGAAUGUUUACAACAUUCUUUCUACAUCAUUAAUCCCAUUUCACGUUUUCUGCAGCAAUGUCACAAUGAAGAUCGGCCUAUCUCUGAAAGCAUUUCACCUAUUGGGAGGUAUUGGCAUGAAACUCUGGACAAUAUAUCUUAAAAAUUACAUGUAUUGAAAGGGGCAUAAGUAUAUUUUAGGUACAUAUAUUUUUAUCUAGAUUCAUAUUUAGGUUUCUCGAAUCUCAAUGAAGAAAUUAUCCUAAAAAAUUUAAUGCAGUUAUCACAUGUAUAUAAUAUUGUAUAGUUGAAGCUUCAUUUUUUCAUCCUGAAUCUUAAAGAUACUACAAAAAUGCUGACACAGAUGUUAGCUCGUCUAGUAGUCAUUAGUAGAUGUUACUGCCUAGUGAUAUUGAUUCUGUGCACUGAAAAGGGAUGAAAAUUUUAAAACAACUUCUUUUUUUUUUUUUUUCACUUUAUUAAA